GUGCUGAAAGAUGCGGACACACUGGAUUUUAUGCACGCUGGUCACUCUUUUGGUCCAUCUAGCUAAGGGCAAUCCCAUAGAACGAAAGGCAAAGGUGGCCACGGAGUUUAUUAUCCUACACAACAAUGAUAUGCACGCGAGGUUCGAGCAGUCGAACGUGAACAGCGGGCCUUGCACCCAGGAGGAUGCCACUACGGACAGGUGUUAUGGAGGAUUCGCACGAGUGGCCCAUGAAGUUCGGAAGUUCCGCAAGGAGGCGGCGAGUGGAGGAACUCCCGUGUUCUACCUGAAUGCUGGCGACACUUACACGGGAACCGCGUGGUUCACCAUCUUCAAGGACAAGAUUGCCAGCGAAUUUCUCAACAAACUUCAGCCAGAUGCUAUUUCGCUGGGCAACCACGAGUUCGAUGAGAAAGUCGAGGGCCUGAUACCUUUCCUUAACGAGGUCAACUUCCCGGUGGUGGCCUGCAAUCUGGAUCUGAGUAAAGUGCCCGACUUGGCUGCCGCCAGGCAACUGGUUCCCUCCACCAUCCUGGAGACACAGGGCACCAGGAUAGGUGUAAUCGGCUAUUUGACGCCAGAAACUAAGCAGCUUACCGGCCACAUUGAUGUGGAGUUCAACGAGGAAGUGGUUUCCAUCAACGCUGAGGCCAAGAAGCUCAAGGCUCAGGGCAUCAAUAUAAUCAUUGCCUUGGGUCAUUCUGGUUAUCUAACGGAUCAGGAAAUAGCCAAGAACUGCCCGGAAGUGGAUCUCGUAAUUGGUGGCCACACAAACACUUUCCUCUACAAUGGCACACAGCCCGAUAUAGAGCCCAUCGAGGGUCCCUAUCCCACGCUGAUUAAGCAGAAGAGCGGCAAGGAGGUGCCUGUGGUGCAGGCCUAUGCCUAUACCAAGUAUCUGGGCAAGCUUCAUGUGCAGUUCGAUGCGGAGGGAAAUCUGAUUGAGUUCGAUGGGGCGCCCAUACUGCUGAAUGCUUCGGUGGCACAGGAACAAGAUCUCCUCGAUCUGCUGGAGGUGUACCGACCCAGCGUGAUCCAUCUGGAAAAAUCGGUGGCGGGGCACACAAAGGUUCAUCUCGAGGGCAGCAAGCAGGUGUGCCGCGACAGGGAGUGCAAUCUGGGCAACCUGCUCACCGAUGCGAUGGUCUUCAGUCGAGUUCGCGAGGAGCAGGGCGGUGCCUAUUGGACGGAUGCGGCAAUCGCUCUGCUCAAUGGAGGCGGCAUACGCAGCUCCAUUGAGAAGAAGUCCGAUGGCUCAAUUACCGACAGCGAUAUCCUGGCCGUUCUGCCCUGGAGAAAGGGCCUCUACAUGACCCGAAUAUCUGGCAAGACGCUGCGCAAUGCCCUCGAACAUGGGGCGGCUGCUCGUGGCACGGACACGAACGGGCCCUUCCUGCAGGUAUCCGGCCUCCAUGUGGUCUACAAUCCCAGCAAACCCGUGGGCCAGCGAGUCGUCUCGGUGCAGGCUCGAUGUGCCGCCUGUCGCAUUCCCACCUACAGCGACCUCGAUGAAGCGGCAUUCUACAAUGUGAUUGUUACGGAAUUUAUGUUCGAGGGAGGCGAUGGUUAUGUCUUCAAGGAGGCCAACAAUCCACAGCAUCAGCGGCUGCAGUGGAAGGACAAUGAGGCAGUGAGACAGUAUCUGCAGGAACGGCACUACAUCUAUCCGGAGGUGGAGGGUCGCAUUGUCUUCACAGGCACUGCCAGUGGACUCAUUGCCUCCGUCCCUCUGCUGUUGUUUUCCCCCUUACUGAUGCGUGUUUUUAGCUAAGAUUGUAUUUUACACAACUAAAGUUUAAGGUGUCUGUGUUUAAUUAUUUGUCAGCCAGAAUAACAUUGUCAUUUUACUCGAUCGCUCAGCAGAUGGCUCUCAAACCUGUGCUGCGAGAGUUAUCAGUGGUUCAUAAACUGAAUACAAUUCUGUACAUCGCUAAGUGAC